UUAAAUUGUUUGAUCACGGUCUAUGGGCAGGCGAAGGGGAUUUCGUUUGUUUUGAUUUUUCCGAUUUGAUUAUUGUUUAAUGAUCUGUAACUCAUCAAAUUAAAUUCAAACUCAAUUUAUUUAUUUAUUAUUCCCCAUUCUAAUUGCUAUAGUUUAGUUAUUGGUGGAAGAAGUACCGGAAAUUGAAAAGCUAACAACUUAAAAAACGGUGCCGAAAAGCAAGAAAGGGAUAACACUCUUCCCCUACAUAAUCCCCACUUCGUUUCGCUUAUACGUCUCUGCUGCUUUUUUUUUUUCUUUCUUUCUUUUGGGCAAUCCAUUCCCUCUGCUUCUUCAAGGUUCAAUCUCUGAAACCUUGAAGGAGGGGAGAAACCCAGGAAACUAAAACAAAUGACAAAAUGCUAGAGAGACAGCGACAGCGACAGCGACAGAGAUAGAGAGAGACACAGACAGAGAGAGAAAGAAACCCUGCAACUAAUACUCUGCCUUUCUGGAUUAACAACGAAUGCUAGAGAUGAAGACCAGAAGCUUCCUUUGCAAUCUCUCCAUUGCAGUUGUGUUUUUGGCCGCUUAUCUCUUCACCUCUUCUUCCGCUCUCAAGCAAGGGCAAAUCUGCGUUAAGGACAGCAAUUGUGAUGCCGGGUUGCAUUGUGAAACGUGCGUCUCAAACGGAAACCUCCGGCCAAGAUGUACUCGAGUCCGACCAUUGAAUCCGACAUCAAAGGUAAAAGGGCUGCCGUUCAAUCGGUAUUCAUGGCUAACGACGCACAACUCGUUUGCUCUUUUGGGAGCCAAGCCGGGCAUAGGAUCUGUUCUUCUCGCUCCUGAAAACCAGCAAGACUCCAUCACCAGUCAGCUCAACAAUGGAGUUAGGGGGCUGAUGCUUGAUAUGUAUGACUUCAACAGUGACAUCUGGCUAUGUCAUUCAUUCGGUGGCCAAUGCUACAACUUCACUGCAUUUCAACCGGCCAUUAACGUGUUGAAAGAGAUUCAAUUGUUCCUUGAGGCAAACCCCACAGAGAUAAUCACCAUCUUCAUUGAAGACUAUGUCACAUCCCCACGAGGCCUGACCAAUGUCUUCAAUGCUGCCGGCCUUAGGAAAUACUGGUUUCCGGUGUCUCGGAUGCCUAAGAAUGGAGGAGAUUGGCCAACGGUUGAUGACAUGGUCCGUCAGAAUCAGCGUUUGGUGGUCUUCACCUCUAAAUCUGCCAAGGAAGCUUCUGAGGGCAUCGCAUAUGAAUGGAGAUACCUUGUAGAGAAUCAAUAUGGCGAUGGUGGGAUGAAAGCGGGUUCUUGUCCAAAUCGUGCAGAAUCAUCUCCCAUGAAUACAACGACGAGGUCACUUGUUCUUCAGAACUACUUCCCUAAUAACCCAAAUAUUGUGGAAGCUUGCAAACAUAAUUCAGCGCCACUCGUUAGCAUGAUGGGAACUUGCUAUGAAGCAGCUGGUAAACGAUGGCCCAACUUCAUCACUGUUGAUUUCUACAAGAGGAGUGACGGAGGGGGAGCCUCAGAAGCUGUAGAUGUAGCAAACGGUCAUCUAGCUUGUGGGUGCACCAACAUAGCCUAUUGCAAGGCAAAUGCGACUUUUGGAACAUGUGAGAUCCCUGAGGCGAGUGCUGGCCCUACAGCUGCAGCAGGUAACGAGACUGGCGCCGCUUCCUUAAGAAGUAGAGUAUCGUUCCAGCAUUGGGGGUUGCUAGGGACGGUCUUGAUAGCUGCUUUCUCUUCCUAAUUUAAAAGCUUUAAUUAUAUGUAUGGUUUGGCAUGAAAUAACUGUUCUUUGUAAAGGGGGAAGAGGGAAAGAAUGUCCUAAACACGAAGACGAUACAUGACCCCCAUUUAGGUUUGUAUUUAUGGAGUUGGGUCUAUUAGAAAUAUUGAAAAAUAUUAAAUUUAAUUAGCAUCCUUCUCAAUGUAUUUAUGGACCUUCUGUACUAUACAAGUUAUGAUUUCUGUUUUCUUAA